CACCAACAACACUACCGGCAUUUCGUCCGAAUCUUCCGCAAGCGUAAUCGCGCAAGGAAUUACCCUCAAAUGAAUCGUUACUUAAUCAACCUAUCGUACAUCGGCACCCGGUUUCGUGGCAUUCAGCGGAAGAUCGACAAGUCGGUGGGCCAGUUUCAGGAUCCUCACACCGUACAGGGAGUCAUCGAGGAGGCACUGCUUAAGCUACGAUCGGUGAACGUUCCCACAUUAAAGCUGUCCAGUCGAACAGACACAGGCGUACACGCUCUCCACAACACUGUCCAUGUAGAUUUGGAACGGCCAAAUGGAAAGCCGUACGAUGCGGAAAAAAUCACCAAAGCGCUCAAUCGUGCGUUCGAACGGGAUGCCCAAUCUUUGCGAAUACUAAGCACCGUACAUGUGCCAAAUACAUUCCAUGCGCGGUUGUGCGCCAAAUCCCGAACCUAUUUGUAUCGGUUGGCGGUGCUGAAGAAAGAAUACGCCCGUAAUCACCCCCUCCAGCAUCCACAAUCUCGAUUCAUACCGAUCGAAGAGCACGAUCGAUGCUAUUUUCUUGGGCAUCCGCGGUUCGAUAUAGACACGUUUGCCAACAUUGCACGUUCGUUUGAAGGUGUGCAUGAUUUUCGAACUUUUAUGGCAGUUGCUAAAGGAAAUCCGCGACAGCAGGAAGCGAUGCAUUCGCUGAGACGCAUCGAUCAGGUCACGGUGGAUCGAGGGCAGACAAUGACGACAGCCUUUAGUAGGGAGAAGACGGAAAAGUACUAUGACUUUUGGGACGUACGGGUACGAGGACGUUCGUUUCUUUACAGACAGGUACGGCGCAUGGUAGGAGCCUGGGUUGCAGCAGCCGAAGGACGCAUCAGUGAUCGGGACGUGUACCAUAUGCUCACAGUGCCCUCUCAAAACUCGUGGUGUUCCAACGUGUUUGUAGCUCCCGCUUACGCCCUCUACCUCUGCCAAGUAGAGUACGAUCCAGCCGAUCUCGCUUUUCCCGCGAUCACCCAGCAUCCCACCGGCGAUACCGAUGGCCAGUUUUCUGGAGCAACUGCGCAACCGCAAAACGGAACUCCAACGUACCGAAACGACCGUCACAUACAUGGAUGGUAGUCGGAAGAUUUUUCGAAACAAUCUCGAAAUUGAUGCACCUCCCCGGCUCGGAUUCAUCGUGGAUGACAGCCCCGACCAAGUGCCGGCAUGCAUUAUCAGCCAAUUUCUUUACCUAGGCUCGCAGGAUUGUGU